AAGCUGAUUAAACAGCAUGAUCAUUACACAGGUGCACCUUGUGCUGGGGACAAUAAGGCCACUAAAAUGUGCAGUUGUCACAACAAAAUUCCACAGAUGUCAAGUUGAGGAAGCAUGAAAUUGGCAUGCUCACUGCAUAAAUGCCCACCAGAGCUGCUGCCAGAGUAUUGAAUGUUCAUUUCUCUACCAUAAGCUGCCCCCAACGUCAUUUUAGAGAAAUUGCGUCCAACUGGCCUCACAACCGCAGACCACGUAUAACCCCGCCAGCCCAGGACCUCCACAUCCGGCUUCACCUGCGGGAUCGUCUGAGACCAGCCACCCAGACAGAAGAGGAAACUGUCUGUAAUACAGCCCUUUUGUGCAGGGAAAAAUUUUUUGACUGGCUUGGCCUGGCUCCCCAGUGGAUUGGCCUAUGCCCUCACAGGCCCACACCCCUGCGUAGUCAUGUGAAAUCCAUAGAUUAGGGCCUAUUUAAUUCAAUUCACUGAUUUACUGUGACUCAGUAAAAUUAAUUGUUGUUUAUAUUUUUUGUUCAGUCUAAUAAAAGUCAUUAUGAUUAGUGGAAUGAGAUGUUCGUAGUACUGGGCUAAAACAAAUAGAACAAUACUACAUCAGACCCUGCUUUGCCUAGCCAAGUGUGUCUGUCAUGGGGCUGUUUCUAUCCAAGAGGGACAUCAAGAGGACUCCCACGGUUGUUCUGAUGGGCCUGGGCUCAUCUAGGAAGUCCAUCCACAGCUUCUGAACAAUGUUGGUUUGUUGGGUCUUCCUCGGUAGUCUCUGAUUUACAUCAACAGAAGGAGAUUCGGUGAAAGCGUCAGGUGUGCUCACUUGCUGCUGCCCUCCGGUGACUAGAGACUCACUCAACGUGAAUAAAACUUGAGUUUCAGAAUAUAAACAUGGUCACAUGAGAACCAGCCUUUUCACAUUCUUCUUUUAGAGGCUGUACCAACAGGCUUUCUCAGUUGAUCUAUACUCUAAUGCAUCCUCCCUCAUUGCGCAGAUCUAGGGUUUGAUUGGUGAAAGCAGUGGGGUGAUUAUUACCGCAAGGGAGGAAAGUAUGUUUUUUAUUAUUUUAAUUGGGCCUAUGUUUUAUUAUUAUUAAACACCAGAGGGCUGAAAACGGUUAUUCUUAACUCCCAUUUAUUGCGUUAGUAGUUGGCAAGAGAACAAUAGACUAGCACCGAGUCCGCUGAUGACCUAAACCAAGCGCACCUUCUUUCAGCCCAUGACGUCAGAGUCCAUCUGGACCAACGAUUUGGACGGGGCUCAAGCGCAAAACUAUCGCUAAACUCAAAGCUGCUGCCUGGUACGUUUGGUAUCCUUACAUCAGCGACGACAACAACGAAGUGACAGCUUUAAUCUGGUAAUCGUGCUUUCAAAUCAUAUUUACUUGAGUGUUAGCGGGGACAGUGGUGGCCUCACAGCCCCUGCUUCUCCCUCCCCUGUGUCCCCCGUCCUCACCCCGACCCCCCCACCGCGGAGAGCCAGAGUGAGGUACCCAGCCAUGGUGGAUGUGGGGAAGUGGCCCCUCUUCACCCUGCUUGGGGCUCAGGAGGUCUCCCGCAUCAGGCAGGCCUGUGUCUUUGGAACCUCGGCCAACGAAGCCAUCUACAUCACCCAGGACGAUGAGGUGUUUGUGUUUGGGCUGAACUGCAGUAACUGUCUAGGGACAGGAGACAGUCAGAGCACCAUGGUCCCUAAGAAACUAGACUUCCUCCGAGGCAAGAAGGUGGUCAGUCUCAGCUAUGGCAGUGGACCACACGUCUUACUGGCCGCAGAAGGGGGAGAGUUGUUUGCCUGGGGUCACAAUGGAUACAGCCAGCUGGGCAACGGGACCACCAACCAGGGGGUGUCACCCAUCCUGGUUUCAACCAACCUGCAGAACAAGAAAAUAACACAAGUGGCCUGUGGGUCCCAUCACUCUCUGGCCCUGACACACGAUGGAGAGGUGUUUGCGUGGGGUUACAACAACUGUGGCCAGGUGGGUUCAGGUGCCACAGCCAACCAGCCAACCCCCCGCAGGGUGACCAACUGCCUGCAGGGUAAAGUGGUGAUGGGCAUUGCCUGUGGACAGACCUCCUCCAUGGCUGUGCUCGACAAUGGGGAGGUGUUUGGCUGGGGCUACAAUGGGAAUGGCCAGCUGGGAGUGGGCAACAAUGGUAACCAGCUGACCCCCUGUCGCCUGGCAGCCCUCCAGGGUCUCUGUGUACUACAAAUCGCAUCAGGCUACGCCCACUCUCUGGCUCUAACCGACGAAGGCCUGCUGUAUGCCUGGGGGGCUAACACCUACGGACAGCUAGGUACUGGCAACAAGAGCAACCAGCUCAGUCCUGUACACAUCAUGGCUGAGAAGGAGAGGGGAGAGGGAGAGAGGCCCACCGUAGGCAGCAAAAGGACAAGGGAAAACACUGAAGAGGCGUGGCACAGAGAGACAGACAGGAUAGUGGAGAUCGCGGCAUGCCACUCCACACACACAUCUGCCUGUAAGACCCAGAGCGGCCAGGUGUACAUGUGGGGCCAGUGUAGGGGUCAGUCCAUCGUGCUGCCACACCUCACACACUUCUCCUGCACUGACGACGUCUUUGCCUGCUUCGCUACGCCGUCUGUCAUGUGGAGGCUACUCUCCAUGGAGCAUGAUGACUUCCUGACUGUGGCCCAGUCUCUGAGGAAAGAGUUCGACAGCCCUGAGACGGCCGACCUCAAGUUCAGUGUGGAUGGGAAAUACAUCCACGUACACAAGGCCGUGCUCAAGAUCCGGUGUGAACACUUCCGCUCCAUGUUCCAGUCCCACUGGACAGAGGACAUGAAGGAGGUGAUUGAGAUCGACCAGUUCUCCUACCCCGUCUACCGCUCCUUCUUGGAGUUCCUCUACACUGACAACGUAGACCUGCCCCCAGAGGACGCCAUCGGCCUGUUGGACCUGGCCACAUCCUACUGUGAGAACCGUCUGAAACGUCUGUGUCAACACAUCAUCAAGAGAGGCAUCACCGUGGAGAACGCCUUCUCUCUGCUCUCUGCCGCCGUGCGAUACGACGCUGAGGACCUGGAGGAGUUCUGCUUCAAGUUCUGUGUGAACCACCUGACAGCGGUGACCCAGACUGCAGCCUUCUGGCAGAUCGAUGGCAACAUGCUCAAAGAGUUCAUCUGCAGAGCCAGCCGCUGUGGGUCCUUCAAAAACUGACUGACCACUAACCAGCCCCGAAGGAAGGACGAGGAAAGGGCUAGCAUGAACUGUUUUGGCUUGACACUACUUGGCCAUGGUAGAAAGGACAAAGAAAUAAAUGGUAUGAACAUGGAAACGGCUAGCUUGAACCUGGAUCUCUAAAUUGCCAUAUUAUUAAUCCAUUGAGACAAUGUCUGGUGAGGUCAUCUGGUGACUAUGGCUCACCUCCAGUUACACAGCCAAAGAAGCCAAAGCCAGUCCCUGCCUGUGCACCUAAUAUUCCACGCGGACAGGUGGCACUGUGGGGAGGAAGUUCCUUUACCAGUCAAAACAGUGACAUCAAAGUUCAUUGUCUGUCACUCCAUGUUUACAAACCUGCUAAAUGGCAUCAGACUGCUCAUUUAGUGUCAGUUUAAUUGGAGGACCAUAGAUCUAGCUUAAGAUGGACACGGUUACAUGCCUGACAAUGUCUGAUGGCAGGUGAUGGCAGUCAACCCCCCCGAUAUGCAGAUUAUUAUUAUUAUUAUUAUAAUAUAUUUUUUUGCAUCAAAGUUGCGUACUUUGCUCUACUGUUGAAAGGUUGGAUGUAGCUGGCCAGAAAUAUAUUUUACAGGGUUUAUGGUUCAGAGCCUGUGGAUGUUUUGAGGAAAUGACAGUUUCAAUAUGAUUUGUAAUAUGCUGUGUACUGACAAGUAGAGCAGAGCUUGUCAUUUAUUCAUUCAGGCACGUUAAUUCUCGAGACUUGAGAUGAACAUGGUGAUGCAAUGCAACAAUGAGCAGGAACUUGGUUUUCAACUCUUCAGUUCUUUUACCAGACAGAAAACAAAACAUUUGGACCAUAUACAACUUGUUACUCUGAACUUUUUUAUUCUUACAAAAAUAGAUAUUAUCUACAUUUUUUACUAUUACUUAUUGCAUUCCUUUGGUUGAGAUUACCCCCCCCUCCACCCAAGCAUUUCCAAUCAUUCUGCUGCUUUGAAUAUUGUUUUAAUGGUUUAAUGUUCAUUACUACAUUCUAAUUUACUUUGAAGCGAGUGUUUGUACUGAAAUUGAAAUUCAAUGCUUUGUAUUCUUAGAUUAUUUUUUCAGAAAUAAUUUGUUGCUUAUGUUUAUUUUUGCAAUUACAUUUAUUUUGAAAUAUUUACUAUUAUUUAGGAUGGAAACAGUUGCUAUUGGUGCCACAAUUCAACAUGUUUAUUGACUUGCAAGUUAUGAGAUGCAACCACUUUGAAAUAAACAAAACUACAUUCUUGUAUACAA